AGACAACAUAAUUUUGUAAAUUAGAUAUUAAAUACAGUUAAAAGUAAGCUUAUUGCUAAUAAAUAAUAAAUUAUGGUAAGUGUUAAAAAAAAAGUAGAUCAUGAUUCAAUAUUGUCUGUUUUCAAAGGGAAACCUUUAAUGUGCUAAUUGAUAUUGAAAUUUUUGCUGUUAACAAUAAUUGUAGAAGUUGGGAUCAUCAUUCUCAUUUAUUUUCAAACAAAGAAAAUUACAAAUGAAAUAUUGACGGAUUCUAGUAAUUACAUUGUAUAAAAAGUCAAUUUUGAAAUGGUUAACAUAACAAACUAAAUGACACAACUAUUGCAAAGCUAAAUUUUUAAUUUAGGAUUACUAGCAAGCGAGGUUAUGGAGGCUGUAAAUAUGGUUUAAGAAACUGAAUAUUAAACUUUCUUCCCUGUAAUUUAAAAUCCAGCUGAUUUUCAAUGGACUGUUAGUCCUUAAUCGACUGAUUUCAGUACUUCUUCUUUCUUUUCUCCACUAGUUAGUAAAGGAACUAUACUACCAAACAUGUAUGCUAUUUUAAACUUGUAAAGAAUAGUUCCAUUUUUGAUGACUGACUUGCUUUAAUCCUAAAUCUUUAGAGUAAGUGUUAUAUAUGUUAAUAAUCAAAUACCAGAUAAUUCAUUUAUUAGAGUUUUCCCUUAAUAGACGUUGAAUCCUAGUAUUGACUUGAUUGCAACAGGGAUAUAUUCUUAGUAUCAAGGUAUUAGAACAUUACAAACAGACUAUUUAAAUCAGAACAGAAUUUUAAUUUAUGGGCCUUAUAAUGAUGACAAAAAAAGCUGCUCACCUGACUGCACUAUAUUAAUGUCAGUAUCCAAAAUCAUAUCGACUUCAGUUAAUGAAUAUUAUAUUGCUUAAGUAGAAUUUAAUCUGAAUAUCUUUUCUGAAAUAUUCCUUUCUCAUGAGUAUAAAUCAUCGGUUGAAUUUGUUGUUAUUUAUAAUUCGCCUUCUAUAAAAAAAAUUAUUUAAGCCCCGGACUAUUGGAAUUAUUCAAAAAACAACCCAAGUAGAGACUUUUAAAAUUAGAAUGUGUAAGUGCAAAGUGGGAUUGAUUUUGAAACCUUUCAAUAGCUUGUUGUUCAAAAGUAGUAAGUUAUAGUCUAAAGAAAUAAUAAAAAUGGUGUGAUGACAAAUUAUUUAGUAAACGCUGUUACUUUUAAUACUUAUUUUGAUAUAGAUGGUAAUUUAAGCUAUUUGGAUGCUGAUGUUACAAAUACCCCGAAUUAUUAUUGCGUAUUUAUUUAUGGAGAAUAACAAUAAAUGUACGAGAUAACAGAAAAGAUAUCUACGCUUACUUAUAAAUAGGAAUACACAACUAUAAUGAUUUGUAUUAUGUCAGGCUUUAUAACAAUCACUUUGAUUACUGUCUUCACUUACAGAGUGUCUGCUAAAUUAGCUAGACCCCUAAAAGGUUUAAUAAAAAUGGCUAAAAGAUUAAACAACAAUACUAUGCACAAGAAAUCAGUAAUGGAUUAAACCAAAAAAGAAAUUGAGGACUUAUUAAGUUAGAGUGAAUAUUAAGUAAAAGAAUUAAUAUAGUCUUUCAAAGAACUUAUAAAUAACAUAGAAAAGAGAAACAAUAAGAAUAAAUCAAGUGAAAGAUAGAGGAGCAUCGAAUAUCCUUUGAAUCAAUAUGAAUAGUCCUUUGUAGAAAAAGCAAAAGGAAGAUCUGAUAUUAUUUGGAAAACAUAUAGUAAGUUUAUUGAAAAUGAGCCAAAAUUUUCAAAGAAAGACACAAAAAAGUGAAUAAUAAUAAGAUAAGAUUUAAUAUUUAUUUGCAACCUUUAGUAAAUUUAUAUUUUUAUACCACUGACUUUAUUAAAAAAAUAAUCAAUAAU